AUGGCAGAACAACAAAUGUCCGACACUCCCAUCACAGCCACCUGCCACUGUGGUGGUGUCUCCAUCACCGCACCACGCCGGCCUGACUUUGUCAAUGAAUGCCAAUGCACCCUCUGCCGUCGAUAUGCUACAGCUUGGGCAUACUACGACCCGGCCGAAGUCAAGAUUGAGAUCAAGGCUGGCGCCGCAACGAGCAAGUACAUCUGGGGCGACCGCGACCACUCCUUUGACUUUUGCUCCAAGUGCGGGUGCAUGUGUUAUUGGUGGCCGAUAAAGAAACAGACCACCCCGAUGAUGGGUCUCAAUACUCGCCUGGUUGAUCCUGAACAGCUGAGAUUUGUGACGCGGAAGAUUGAUUACGAUCAGCUGUACGUGCCUAUCAACUCGAAGGACCCCCCUCACCCGGAGGACAAGGCGGAGUAUUGA